AUGGCCCUGCACUUGACACAGCUCCAGCGUCUCACGCUGGUAAUCUGCAUCUCACUAUGCUUCUUUGUGGUCGAGAUUUCGGUUGGGUUCUACACGAGAUCCCUCGCGCUCGUCGCGGAUGCGUUCCACUAUCUCAACGAUCUCAUCGGGUUCAUCGUGGCUUUUGCGGCUGUCAAGAUUUCGUCUAAGAAGGAAUCCCCCAAGGAUUUGUCCUUCGGGUGGCAGCGGGCGCGCCUCCUUGGAGCCUUCUUUAACGGCGUGUUUCUCCUCGCACUCGGUGUCAGUAUCUUUUUGCAGUCGAUUGAGCGGUUUAUUUCGCCCCAGGUAGUGGUGGAGAAUCCCAAACUUAUUCUAAUCAUCGGGUGCAUCGGCCUUGCACUGAAUAUUCUGAGCGCAACCUUUCUUCAUGAGCACGAUCAUUCCCACGAUAACAUCUCCGGACAUACACAUAGCGAUGAGAACCCGGAGGGUGGUGUCCAUGAGGUGAAUAGCUGUGCUCGUUAUUCAUGCCAGGUAUAUGCCUACCACACCGGGCACCGACACAACAACCUCCAGACCCCGAAGAAGGGGUAUGAUCUGGGAAUGCUGGGUGUUUUGAUUCAUGUUCUCGGAGAUGCAAUCAACAAUGUUGGCGUCAUUAUCGCGGCGCUGAUCAUAUGGCUUACCGAUUACGCAUCCCGCUACUAUGCCGACCCGGCCGUCAGUAUGGCUAUUGCUCUGAUGAUCUUAGGAACAUCCAUUCCUCUGGUGCGCAGCGCCGGCAUCAUCCUCUUGGAAAGUGUCCCCAAAGGCAUCGACGUGAGCGAUGUUAAACAUGACCUUGAAUCGCUGCCCGAAAUCUCCUCCGUCCAUGAACUCCACGUCUGGCGCCUGAACCAGGAAAAGUCCCUAGCUUCCGUGCACGUUGGUGUACCGGACCUGCGAAUAUCGGAGUUUGUCAAAGUGGCAAAGACUAUGAAUGACUGUUUCCACAGUUACGGGAUUCACUCUGCAACCGUGCAGCCGGAACUGAUCUCCCAGGAGGAAGGGGCUGCGAAUGUGGCUGCUGAUGGCCACAUGGAGUUCUGUCAGGUCACGUGUGGGUCGACUUGUGAGUUGCUUACUUGUUGUGGUUGA